AUGAGCAUGUUCAGCACGCGGGCACUCACACUCCUGUCCUCGGUGUUUGGGGCGUGCGGCCUGCUCCUGGUGGGCGUGGCUGUGUCCACAGACUACUGGCUGCUGAUGGAGGAGGGCGUCAUUCUGCAGCAGAACCAGAGCAUGGAGGUCAGGAUGGCCCUGCACUCCGGCAUGUGGAGGGUCUGCUUCGUGGCAGGACCUGAAAAGGGGAGAUGUGUAGCAUCAGAAUACUUCACCACUGAAGCUGAGAUAGAUAUUGUGACCGAAAACACUGCAAAUAUACUAAAGAUGGUACGUACGGCCACACCGUUCCCCAUGGUUUCGCUGCUUUUCGUCUUCACCGCCUUCGUCAUCAGUAACAUCGGACACAUCCGGCCCCAGCGCACCAUCCUGGCCUUCAUCUCUGGAAUCUUCUUCAUCCUCUCAGGGCUGAGCCUGGUGGUGGGCCUGGUCCUCUACAUCAGCAGCAUCAACGAUGAGGUGAUGAACCGGCCACGUGAGCCCGAGCACUUCUUCCACUACCACUACGGCUGGUCCUUCGCCUUCGCUGCCAGCUCCUUCCUCCUCAAAGAGGGGGCCGGGGUGAUGUCAGUGUACCUCUUCAUGAAGCGCUACGCCGAGGAGGAGAUGUACCGGCCCCACCCGUCCCUCUACCGCCCCCGCCUGUCCGAGUGCAGCGACUACAGCGGCCAAUACCUUCACCCCGAGUCGUGGCCUCCUCCAAAGAGGGGCCGCAGCGCGUCUGAAGUCUCCAGCGACAUCUCCAUCCAGCUGAACCAGACGCCCCCGCCGCCCAAGGGCAGCUCCAUGCAGCAGCAGCAGCAGCAGGCCCCAUCCUCUGGCCCCUCCUCGGGCGCCAGCUACCAGCAGUCCUCCUCCUCCUCCUACCCCCACCACUCCAUGUCCUCCCACCCCCUCCACUCCAGCCACCACACCAUGUCCUCCCACCCCAGCGGGCCCCCUCCCCAGUCCAUGCCCAUGGCCAUGCCCCCCUCUGCCCAGCCCCCUCCCCGAUACCACCAACACAUGCACAUGAGUGCCUCGCCAUGCUAGAAGGGGGGAGUGAGGGAUGAGGGAGCGAGGGGAGGGGGGGAUAGACAGAGCAGGGGUUGGCUCUGUCAUACGUCCAACACACAGAGACAGAUGCAAACACACACACACGUGCACACACAUGUGCACACACAGAAGUGUGGGAGGAGAGAUGGAAGAGGGGAGGAAGGAAGGAUAUUUAGGAGAUCAAGAYAAAGAAGGGAAUGAACGAAGGAAAGAAAACGAGAUGGGUGGAGGAUGAUUCACAAUUGAUGCUGUGCUUAAAAUGAAGACAGAUAUUUUAAACGAGGGAGAGAGAGAGGGAAGGAUAUGAUCAUAAUUUACACAAUAAGAAAAAGAGGGAGGAGGAGAGGUGAGGGGGUCUAUAAGAAAUGGUGAUGCUGUUUCAGAAGAAAAAGAAUACGAUGCAUUUCAAGCACUAAUACACACACAAGAAUCAAGAACAAAUUGUAUAUGCAUAGAGAUUUAUACUUAAACUGUAUAGACAUUUUUCUUUCUCUAAGUCCUGGAAAAACAAAUGUUGAAAUCUUAACCAUGUUUGUCUUUCAUGAGAUGUGUAUUCCUGUAUGAUUAGUUCUAUCAUUUUAUUCAUCGUUUGUAUUUGAGAGGCAAGAAUUGUGAGUACGAAGACAGAAAUCUGAGACAUCUGAAGAUCAUUCAAGAGGGUUCUGUGACUUAACUGUACAUACUGUAACAUCUCAGAUUCCCCUCUGCAGUAGCAUUCUUGUAAUACCCUUACACUCUUGGAAAAAAGGGUUCCAAAUGGGUCUUCGGCUGUCCCCAUAGGACAACCCAUUUUGGUUCCAGGUAGAACCCU